UUUCGUGCAACAUUUUAAUUUGUCCCUUUUGAUUUUUUUUAACCAUUUAUUGUUUACUUAAACGCCCGUUGUUCACGGCUUCGGCACACACGAAGUCAACUUCUGUGACCUUACCAGAACAACAUAUUUAUUUUUCUUUGUAUUCAUUUAAUUUUACUAUUAUGUCCAAAUCAGCUCUCUCGAUGGAUACAAUAUCCACUGUCACUUGAUAUUAAUCGUAUGAUAUGGAUCAAACAAAUCCACAACCAAGCUGUAGUAGCUCUUCUACGUUUCCUAUACCCAUGGCGGUCACCUGUCAAGUACAAACGACUCAAAUGGCAUCUACAAUAAUUUCUCCACCGACCAAUAGCUAUGUGYUGACUUCUAGUAACCUGAGGCCUGUUACCAACUACACUCUCGUUGCUAGUUCACAGGUUCCUGUCACCCAUCAGUAUGUAGUCCAAUCAACCACUCGAACAACUAUACCUCAGUAUGCUAACUCGAACAACGUUAAACAUAUUGUAUCGCCCAGCACUCAACAGUCAAAUGUUACUUACAUGUUGCCAUCUGGUGCUCAUAUUGUCAGGAUGAACAAUGUCGUAACUACAACAGUAACUGGAGAACAAAAAUCUAAUACGCAAUAUAUUUUGACAUCGAGUACUCCAAAAACAAAUUCUACUAAUAAAUCGUCAAUAGGAACACAAUCUUCAAUAACAAGUGUUUCAACUGACACAGAAAAUAAUUCUGGAUCAAGUGUUACGAUGUCUAGAACAGUUGGUGUAAACACAUGUACGUCUCCAGUAUUUCAAAAAACUGGUUCAAAUUUUCCUAGAUCGAAUGCAACAUAUUACAGCCCAAUAAAAGGAAAUGAAACGACGAAGAUUUCUUUUCGGCCUAAUUUGAAUGAACAAAAACCAGGCACAAGUUUUAUAUUAACAUCAAAUGAUUGGUCCCGCACUAAAAAUGUCCCCAUAUCAAGUUUACAAAAAAUUAAUACAAAUUAUAUGCAAAUACCAUUGAUUCAAAAGUCUGGGACUGUGUUAUCUACUAACCCUUUGAAGUCUAAUGUUGAUACUCAACAACAAAAAUCUCAGCAUCAAUCAAUUCGUUCAGUAAUUUUGCCAUCAAAUUACCGAACAGCUGUUUCUCCACAUCAAGGCACUGAUUGUAAAUUAGUUCUAAACUCGAUUAAUGUAACAACCCAAGGAAUUAGUUCAACUGAUAGUAAAUCUAGYACUUCAAGUACUCCAGUUUCAAAUAAUCAACAACACAAUACAAAUUAUAUGCAAAUUCCAAUAUCUCAAAAACCUGGAGCUACACUUUCUCGUAAUAACUCACAACCGAAUAUUGAGAAUAAUAUACGUAUUGGACAACAUCAAACUAUUCGAUCAGUUAUUUUACCAUCAAACUAUCGAGCAGCUAUGGUAUCAUCCCCACGAAAAGGUGUUGAUUAUAGAUUAAUAUUAAAACCUGUAAAUAUUCAAUCUCAAGUAAUAAGAAAUUUGCCGCCUCCUCGACUUCCUGGUCCACGAAAUGCUUCCCCGCGACAAACUACACAGCGACAAACAUCACCACGACAAAGUUCCCAACGGCAAAGUUCCCCACAACAAACUUUACCUAGACAAACUUUACCCCGACAACCACCACUUCCUGUACGUCCAAAUUCAUUCCCAACCCGUGUUCCUAUAACUCGUCCAUSUGUAUCUAGAAAUCAUAAUGAAAUAAUUGCCAAUUCAAAAAUUAAUCCAAUUUCACUAAGUGAAAGGAUUAAACAUUUAGUUAUUACAGAAAAAUCUAUACAAAUUUGUAUGGAUGAAAUUAAUAAUAAAUGUCAUAAAGACGAUCCAAUUUUAAACUUAACUGAUGAAGCACUCGAAAUUGUACAAGCUGAAGUUACUUAUAGGUUAUUUUAUUUGUUAAGGGAAUGUAAAAAAUUUCUAAUAAGAAGUCAUUCAAAUAUUUUAACGGAGGAAGCUGUAGGACUAGUAUCUGCUGAAUAUUUCGGUAGGUUUUUUGGUAACAAAUUAUGGCCACUAUUUUGUUUAAAACGGACUGAAGAUGGCUUAUAUUCUGAUAACGAAGAAAAUAGAAUUUGGAUAAGAAAGCAUAAUAAUGUUAAUCUUAUUGGAUGGCUAAAACAUCCAAAAUUUCGUAAUCCAAGUUAUAUUCGAAAACGUCUUUUUUUGAAUCAAAAAACUACAAAUCAGUCAAAACCUAUAAUAGAGAAUAUUUCUGAAGUAAUGUUUGAAUGUGAGUUACCUAAUCAAACAAAUCAAGAAUCCAUAAAAAGAAAUAAACAACUACUAUCUCAGAAAAUUUUUAAAAAUGCAAAUAGUGAUCAAGUAAUGUUAAAUAACACAAUCUCAAAUGAAAAUGAUGAUAUAUUUAUCCCAUCAUCGCAUAACUUUAUGAACAUUCCAAUAGAAAAUCAAAUGCUUUCUUCAAGUAAACAAAUAUCAUCAACAAUAUUUCAGUCGCGACAAACAGAGUAAUCUAGAAUAAAAUUGUGUAUCAAAAGCUUUAAUUUUAAAUUGUAUAUAAUAUUAUAAUCUAUUGUAAUUUUAGACUUUGAUGUAUAAUGUAUAGAUUUAGGUAUAUGUGUCUURACUCUUGAGUUAUUACUAGUG